AUUUCGGAAUCAUUCUACAAAACCGAGAUUCGACGUGCUGCCGAUAAUGAUGUGCUGUGUAGGAUUGCUGAAACACUGAAUCCGUCGUAUGAUACGUAUACGGAAUGGGGCACUAUUGGUAAUAUACCGUGUGCGUCGUCAUUCAACGAGGUACCACUCUACGAUGAGGAAGACUUGGAGGGUCUUGAUGUGGCUGAUCAACUGUUGAAACUGGCCAAUUCACAUAAUUCUGAGAUUCAAAACAGUGAAACGGCCGUUCUCGAGUUGAUCGACCUGCCGAAAACUCCGUUUGGUUAG